UGCUUCAUGAGGACAGGUGGAGGAGCUAGGAGGUCUGUGGAGGGUGCACAGGGACUUGUGGAAGCCAGUUCCCAUGCCUGAGCCCUGGGCUGUGCCGGUGACUUUAAUGAUGGGCCCCUCAGGACAGUCCAGAGAUGGAGAGGGAAGGUGGUCCUGAGAGGAAGAAAGAUGAAAGUGGUGGGAGCAAGGUUGGGGGUCAAAGAGGUGAGGAACACCAGGCUGGAGCCCCAGAAAAGCCUCGAUGGCCAAGAGGAGGCCCAGCCAGAGAGCUGCUGCAAGCCCAGGACCAGCACCCUCCUCACACCCAGCCCCAUCCCACCAGACUCCUCCAUCUCCCUGGCUCCCUGCCUUCCCAUGUGCACCUACCAUCCACCUCUCGGGUAGUCCUCAGGCCUGGCUUCCUAAGGUCAGGGUUGCACUCUCAUCUCCCUGUGGUGACCUCCACCCAAGCCCUGGUCCCACUGCUCACGCGGGCCUCACCAUCUCUCUCACCCCCAGCCUUGAGCCGGAAGGAGAGUUUCCUGCUCCUCUCCCUACACAACCGCCUGCGAAGCCGGGUCCACCCCACUGCGGCCAACAUGCAGAGAAUGGACUGGAGUGAGAGCCUGGCCCGACUGGCUCAGAACAGGGCAGCCCUCUGCGGGGCCCUGACACCAAGCCUGGAGUCUGCCCCACAUCACACCCAACAGGUGGGCUGGAAUGUGCAGCUCCUGCCAGUAGCCUCAGCAUCCUUUGUCGAAGUUGUCAGCCUGUGGUUUGCAGAGGGCCAGCAGUACAACCAUGCAGCAGCUGAGUGUGCCCACAAUGCCACCUGUACCCACUACACUCAGCUCGUGUGGGCCACCUCAAGGCAGCUGGGCUGUGGGCGGCAUCACUGCUCUGUGGGCCAGACAGAGAUGGAGGCCUUUGUGUGUGCCUACUUCCCAGGAGGCAACUGGGAGGUGAACGGGAAGACAAUUGUCCCCUAUAAGAAGGGAGCCUGGUGUUCACUCUGUACAGCCAGUGUCUCAGGCUGCUUCAAAGCCUGGGACCAUGCAGGUGGGCUCUGCGAGGUCCCCAGGAACCCGUGCCGCAUGAGCUGCCAGAACCACGGAUACCUCAACGUCAGCACCUGCCACUGCCACUGCCCCCCCAGCUACACUGGCCGAUACUGCCAAGUGCGGUGCAGUGUGCGCUGUGUGCAUGGUCGGUUCCGGGAAGAAGAGUGCUCCUGCAUCUGCGAUGUCGGCUUUGGGGGAGCCCAGUGCGCCACCAAGGUGCACUUUCCCUUCCAUUCCUGUGACUUGAGGAUCGAUGGGAACUGCUUCAUGGUAUCCUCGGAGGCAGACACCUACUACGGAGCCAAGAUGAAAUGCCAGGGAAAGGGCGGGGUGCUAGCCCAGAUCGAGAGUCAGAAAGUACAGGACAUCCUUGCCUUCUACCUGGGCCGCCUGGAGACCACCAACGAGGUGACCAACAGUGACUUUGAGACCAGGAACUUCUGGAUUGGGCUCACCUAUAAGACUGCUAAGGAUUCCUUCCGCUGGACCACUGGGGAGUACCAGUCCUUCACCAGUUUUGCCUUCGGACAGCCUGAUAAUCAGGGGUUUGGUAACUGUGUUGAGCUGCAGGCAUUGGCUGCCUUCAACUGGAAUGACCAACGCUGUAAAACCCGAAACCGUUACAUCUGCCAGUUUGCUCAAGAGCACAUUUCCCGGUGGGACCCUGGGCCCUGAGGUCUGGCAUCUCUCCUGCCAGCCCCUGGGUGCACCAGCCUUGCUUACCUGUCUGCCUGCCUGCCUGCCUGGAACAGGGGCCAGGCUACCACCACAUGCCCAACAGCCAAGGGAGUCUCAGACCAGUGCAGGGAGUAGGGCAGGAGGUGCAGUGAGGCCAAUAAGGGGAUAGGGUACCAGCGGAGCCUGGCAUGGGGGACAGAGCCUGGGGCCCCUCAGCCUUUUGAUAGGGAAGAUGGAGCUCAGUUGGGCCCCAAUGCAGAAGCCAGGACCCGCCAUCAGAAGAGGCCUGGGGCUUCUUUCCCAUUCAGAACACACUCCAUAAAGGAUUAAACUAAGUUGUGAGUCGGCCAGGUUUGUGAGUGCUUGUUCUGAAGGGGACUUCUGAGAAUCCAGCAUGAUUCUGGAAAGACGAUGGAGUGUCCUACGCUUGGCUGCCCAGGGCCUCCUACCCACUAAGUCCCUUCUCUGCUCACGCGCUGGACCCAGGCCAUCCUCCGGAAGUGAGGCAGGAAGCCACGCCUCUCUGCCUCAGUGAAGGGUCAUUUUUCCAGCAGCUCCCAGGGCAGGCUGGGUAGAGACCGCUUUGAACUCCUGUGCAAUCGUGUGUAUCCCUGGUGGAGUGCUUUCCGACAGCCAAGGGUGAGGGUGGAAUCAGAAUCUGGAGAGUCCCACCCCUUGUCCAGCUCUUUAGACAUUGUAGCUCACACCCUCAUGUGUCAGGCACCGUAACAGCCCCUGACAUCUAUUAAACCCUCACACGUUCUCACUGAGGGAGUACUAUCACUGCCCCCAUUUUACAGUUGAAGAAACGGAGGCAUAGAGAGGUUGAAUAACUUACCCAAGAUCACACAGCUGGGAAUCAACCCAGUCAGUGUGGCUAUAAUUUAAUCUUUCCAUUUUCUUUGGGCGGUUCAGCCUGUUUAAUGCGGGUGGGAGAAGCUCGUGCGCGCCAUGCCUUAGGGCGCGGGCACACGCGGGGACACAGCCUUUCCCAACGAUCUCAGCCACCUCGCACAGGAAGGGAGGCUCCAGACCACUGCUGAGAUUUGCCCAAGGUCGCCAGCAAGGGCCGAACUCGGGCCUCCCGAGCCGGCUUGUGGGUGGUGGAGGGCCGUGCUCUCCCGCCUUGUCCCGCCGGGUAGAUUCUGCAAUCCCGCCCCAAGUUCUUCUCCGGUACACGUGAGACGCCUCUCCGCAGAAGCAGCGUCCGGGUGCCCCCGGGGCCCUAUCCUUGCGCCCGAGUGGGCCCCCACGCGGAGUGACCACAUCCGGGUGCGCAAGCCCGGUGGG